AUGUCGGUUGAAGUGCUGGCAGGAACACCACUGGCUGAAGCCCUUCAAAAUGCCGUGCAACCCAAGCUCGCCGAGGUCGGAUGGAGCACCGGCGCCGCAGACGACUCAGCUCUCGCCGAGUACAUCAUCCUCAUGCUGGUCAACGGCAAGACCCAAAGUCAGAUCGCCUCUGAGCUCUCGAACGACCUGCUAGGCCUCGGUCCCGAUGAUCCCAGCGCCAACCAGUUUGCAACAUGGUUGUUCGAACAAGUCCACUCGCUUAACGGACAGCUCAAUGGCGCUCAAGAUGCGAACAUGGAGUCGGCGCAACCUGCGGAUGGCACAACUGCUCAGCCGGAACAAGACCAGACUAUGGGUGAUGGAGGCGACUCGCUACCUGAAGGCGCAAUUCCUACCGGACCCAAGUCGAUGCGCAACGGUAACGGCAAGCAGCAGACCGGCAGAGACCGUCGCAUGCUCGGUCAAAUGAACAAGGCUCUCGACCGCACAAACGAUGCCGCGCUACACAGAGUCAGAGGUGGAGGAGGUGUCGGCAAAAUAAACACUCACAACAACCGCGAGCCUCCGAAGGGUCCUCGCAACAUGGCCAACCGCAUGCAAAACAUGAGCCAGAUGAAUUCGCCCAUGACUCAGAACGCCAUUAUGGGAGCCAACCCUCAGCAACAGAUGCAACUCUUCAAAAUGCUAGAAGAGCAAUCGCGCAUGAUGGCUCAGAUCCUCGGUCCUGGCCAGCAAUUCCCCAAUGCUCCCGCCAUCAAUCCAGCAUUCUUCAACGGUCAGCAGCAGCAGCAGGGCCAGCAAGGCAAGUCACUGUUCGACCGCGUCGAGAAGCCGAGGAAAAACAGCAACUUCAAGAACAACCAGCGACCCAAUGCAGGAGGAGCAGAUGCCAUGGACACAGACAACGCUGAGAACGCCGACUCGGAGCAAAAGGAACCCUCAACCAUCCCUUGCCGUUUCCAGCUCUCUUGCACGAACCCUUCAUGUCACUUCGGCCAUCAAUCUCCUGCUGCACCACCUGGCAUCGCCUUAGAUCUCACCGACACAUGUCCUUACGGCGCCGCCUGCACAAACAAGAAGUGUGUCGCUUCUCACCCCUCGCCAGCACAAAAACGCGCCCACCUCUCCACCCAAGUCGACUGCAAAUUCUACCCCAACUGCACCAACCCGAACUGCCCCUUCAAACACCCCACCACACCGCCUUGCAGGAACGGCGCUGAUUGCCCUGAACGCGACUCUGGCUGCCAGUACUCACACAGCGAUAUCAUGUGCCGCUACACACCCUGUCUCAACCCCAACUGCCCUUACCGCCACACCGACGGACAGAAGCGAAGUGCGAACUGGACAAACCCUAACGCCAAACACGUCAGCGAUCGCACUUUCGUUACAGAUGCGGACGGCGAUGAAGAGUUGAUUAUACCCGGUCAGAACGGUGGUGAGCAAGCGCAGGAAGGUCAACAGCAGCAAGAGCAGGUGCAGAAGGCCAAUGCAGAUGUGAUUGCUUAG